GCUGCCGCGCCGCCGUCGGCCACCCCGGGCACCAGGCGCUCUCGUGGGCGGUCCUCGCCAUGACGCUGGGCGUCCUGGUGGCCGUGGCCGCGACGGGCGGCCGCGGGAUCCAGGCCCAGUGUGUGCUCUCGGAUCGACGGGUACCCAGGGCGAACCAUUUGAGUCCAGAGGAGGUCGCCAUGUACACCCGCGGGGAGGUCUCGUUCCACGUCGUCGGCGUUGUGGUGACCGCGCCGGUGGCCUUCUGGCUGCCCCGCUUCGCGACCACCUCGCACCUGCGCCGCGUCUCGGAGUACGCGCUGCUCCUGUGGCUCCAGCAAUGGGCAGGGCUCGUCGGGUAUUGGAUGUCGUGUGCGGGUGGUUUCGAGAGGCAGAGACUGCUGCGCUUUGCCAUCAGGUGGGUCUACAAUCUCACCGUCAUAGCCUCCCUCGGCUAUUUCUGGUGGAUUCUGCGGCGCCAGCUGCUGAUGCUCGAAGUCAGCUCGUUCAUCCCCAUGCGUGCUCACUGGUUGUGGCGAACGAUCACGGCCACCAUGCUUGUUGGACUUUAUGUAGCAGCGACGUUUUCCAUGACGGAUACCUCUCUGGGGGCCACAGGGAGUCCCAUCCGAGUGACGACAGGACUUGCGAUGUGGCUGGUCCAGCUCCUCCUGGCGUCCGCGCUGAUGGUGUUCCUGCACGGCGUGCGGCGGGUUGCCAGGCUGACCCAGGAGGCGCGAGACCACGCCGUGGCCGUCGGCGUGCAGGACGAGGAGGGCCAGAAGGCCCCCAGGUCCCUGCGCUUCCAGAUGUUCGGCUCGGCCCUGAGCGUCCUGAGCACCAGCCUGAGCCUGCUCGGGAAGUACUGGGUCGCGGACCUCCUCUGGCCCAUCUCCGCGCCGAGCGACCUCACGAGGACGCCGGAGUUCCUGCUCGCCUCCUUCAUGUGCCUGGGGCUGUUCGACGUGGUCCCAUCGCCAGCCUGGCGCUGA